AAAAGUUUCUGUUGGCCGAGCCAUCCCGGUUUUAUCGACGCGAUGGCGGAGGAAGAGGCUGGAUGCGAUCGGAGGAGCUCGUCCAGGAACUUCUGGAGCUCCCAGAUGCCACGUGGCCCCAAGGCUUUGAUCUGCAGCGCCAGGCCGAGGCCAUGGACAUCUUGAACUCCAUGUGUGAGGCCCUCGUGGCGCGAGGAUACUGCCUGCUUCAGCGGCCUCCGCAGCCAGCUCGAGCGGAGGAAGCUCGAGAAAAUGCUGAGAAACUGCAGGACGUAGGUUGGCUACGGGCCGAGACAGAGGAAGCCUACCUCGGCUCGGAAAACAUGACACGGAUCAAGGAGCUUCGUUUGGAGGAGACCCAAGCGGAGACUGACCAGGAGGCUUUGGAGGACCCAAAGGAGGAUCCAGCCUUGGAAGACACCAAAUCCGAAUCCAGCUGGUUCGACCCAGAGCUCUACGGCUCAGAGUCUGAGGCUGAAGCGGUUCCAGAGGAGCCCAAACUGAAACGGCGGAAUGCCCCACCAGACCUUGCGGCAUUGAAGGAGUUUAAUCAGCACUUGAACUCCUUAGCCGAGCUGCUGGCCAACAGUCCAUCUGCCUUUGGUUCCCGUGCAGUGUAUAGCCAGACGGGGACCAUCCUGAGGGUUCCGCACAUGGCGGAGGGCGUGUCGCUGGUGGGCCGAGCUGGAGCCAUGGACGAGCGGGACAAGCUCAUGGCCGAAGAGUUCAUGAUGUGGGUUGUGGCACGUAGGCUUUGCCUCUUCUACAAAGUGGAGGGUCAGGGCAUCCUCGAGCUCAAGCCGAAGAAUCCUGAGGCUGCAAGCCCUGGUCGAUUGCUGCUGAAAGCCGGAUCAGUCGCGCUCUUUAGAUCCGACUUGCUAGACUACAGGUAUUUACCCGACAGCGAUGAGUGCCUGGUUUUGCAGACCUGGCUGAUGGAUAAGUUGGAACCGCUGCACUUUCGAAAGCUCCCCAAAUGCCCAGGAGACCAAGGCUGCGACCGAGUGCAUGUGAAGUCCAUGACAGAGCGCUUCCCCGCUGGGGCCGAGAACUGCGACAUGAGCUUUGCGCUUUUCACUGCUGGCAGUGACACCCUUCUAGAGCCGCCCUUCACCCGCUUUGACAAGGAUUUGUAUUGGGCUCCUGACCGUGAUGCACCGUUGCGGGGUUUGGCCUACAUCAUCCAUGGUUCAUUUGUCGAGGAGGACCAGCUUAUUGGCUUCGACAACGACUUCUUUGGCAUCGACAUUGAGGAGGCCCAGGCUUUGGCACCCAGCCAGCGGUGGGUCAUGGAAGUUGGCUACGAGGUGCUGUGGAAAGCCGGGUGGACAAAGCCGACACUGCGUGGCCAGCGCAUCGGCUCCUUCUUGGGCGAUUCUGGUUCCGAGUGGAACUUCAUCUACCUGAAGAGGGAUCGCUAUGCGAUCAGCAACAACACUGGCUGGGUUACGUGCUCUCGCCUGGGACAUACCCUUGGCCUGACCGGUCCCAACGUCACUGUGGACACAGCCUGCUCCGCUUCAUUGGUGGCGACCAACGCAGCAGCGCACAUGAUGGUAAGGCGGAAUACUCGGAUUGGUGAGAAGAUCGCCCCACUCUCCGAGGACAACAUGAAAGACCAAGCGCAGCUGAAAUAUGCUGUUUGCAUGGGUGUUUUGGUGAUGCUACAUCCUGGCGGCUGGAUCGGCGAGUGUGCUGCCACGAUGCUUUCCUACAAAGGCCGUGCCUUCACCUUUGAUGUCGGGGCCGAUGGCUUCAUCCGCGGUGAGGGCUGUUGUGCCGUACAUCUUGCGGCCGAAAAUGAUGGAGAGCGUGCUGCAGGGGAGCGCUCGCUGGCAGUGCUACUGGGCUCCUGCGCAAACCAGGACGGUCGCAGUGCUUCCCUGACAGCUCCACACGGGCCAUCACAACAGAUGUGCAUCCGGGCUUCCUUGGCCGAGGCGAAGCUGGAGCCUGGAGAGGUGCAGGUGGGCGAAUGCCAUGGGACGGGGACCGCGCUGGGUGACCCCAUUGAGAUUGGAGCUAUGAAGAGCGUGCAGUUUAACAAGCGCUCCAACCCCCUGCUGCACGCUUCAGCAAAGUCCAAUGUGGGCCAUGAGGAGGCGAAUGCCGGAACCUGCGGUUUCAUCAAGGUUUGCAUGCUGCUGAACGGCGGGGUUUCCACGCCCAACCCGCACCUGACAGCCCUGAAUCCGCAUUUGGACACCAAUGCUUAUCCGGUGAUGUUCACAAAUGAGCUGACCUGCACGGCACGGCGUGAUAUGUGUGCUGGAGUAUCUUCCUUUGGCUUCGGAGGAACCAACUCUCGUGCCGAUCUUUGGGCUGACGUGGAGAAGGGCCCUUACAAGGACGGGACCCAGAUGGAGCUGACGCCCUCCGAGGGCGCCAAGUGGAUCAAGCGACUCCUGGACAGCGAGACCACAGGCUCUCAGUACCAGUUCCUUGGUCGAGCAACACAAGAAAGGCCACUGAAGAGAGCUGCCCAAUCCGGCAGGCGGAGUUCCAGGCAUGUACAGGGAAUCUGACCAACAUGAAAUGAGAGAACAAGGAACAUGUCGGAA